UCAUACAUUACAAAUCAUUGUUGCAUCACUUAUUGCAAUCAGUGCAAAGUUAGAAGCAAAAUUCAAAACGCAAAACAGACAGCCAACAGGAAGGAUUAAACAAUAUAAAAUCAUAAAAUGCCAUCUUUCAGGAGUAUAACAAGCAAUCUUGUACCUGAAAGUAUCUAGAUAUACAAUACCCAACCAAUGUUUAUCAUUUUGAUAACAUAACAGUUUUCAAAGAUUAGUGUUAUGUAUAUAUUUUGUUACUUACAGAAACAAAAACUAAUAUUGCAUAAAAUGAAUAUAAAUAAAAUAUUAUACAAUUGUAGGAUGUUUAUUCUCAAAUUAACGCAAAUAUUAAAAGUAUUGUUAAAAUUAUAUACGAAAUACUUUAUUGAUAUCAAAUAUAAAAAUAAUGUAAAUAUAUUAUAUCACAGCGAAAAUUUCUUGGUGGUUUCUAAACCAUACGAUAUGUGCAUUAAUAGUAAUAAUCGUGAAAAAAAGGAUACACUGCAAUUUGAAUUAAAAAAAAUUUUACCAAAAUUAGUCAAUCCAAAUUUAUUUCAUGAAUUUCAUUUUGUACAUAGAUUAGAUUAUGUGACAAGUGGUGUGAUAUGUAUUGCAUUAAAUAAAAAAGCAGCUCGAGCUGCUUCUAAUGUAUUCGAAGCAAGAGCAGCCAAAAAAUUUUAUCUGGCAUUACUUCAUGGACAUAUUAACGAACCUUACUUAAUCAUAGAUAAAGCAAUUGGGAUUGAUGCUAGAGAAAAGAAGGGAAACCAUAAAAUGUGUACCAGUGAUAACUUAUUUUGUGAGAAACCAAAAGAAUCAUAUACAAUUCUUAUAGUAUUAGAAAGAGGUUUCAGAAAUGGAAAACCAGCUACUAAAGUACUAUUAUGUCCUGGUACAGGUAGAAGACAUCAAUUAAGAGUGCAUUGUUCAUAUAUUGGUCAUACUGUGAUUGGAGAUUACACAUAUAGUGAGAGAAAAGAUAUAGAGCCUUAUCGAACAUUUUUACAUUCCUUCAGACUUAUAUUGAACAAUGAAAUGGAAAAUUUAGAUAUAAGAAGUACAGAUCCAUUUGUAGCUUCUGAUCCAAGAAAUCAAUGGUCACCAACAAAUAUUGCUAGGAUAUUAGAUGAAGAUAUAUUUUAUGACAUUUAUAAUCUCUUGCAAUCAAAUAAACAUUAAACUUUUA